CAUAAAUAACAACAACUAUAAUAAAAAUCAUUGUAAUAACUAAUAAUAAUAAUAAUAAUAACAAUAAUAAUAAUUAUAGUAAUAUUAGUAUUUAUAAAAUAAAGUUUAAAAGGUUCAAAAUUAUUUAAUAAUAAUAACAAAGACAAUUACCGACAUAAUAUCUAAAAAACAUAACAUUAGUAAUACUACUGAUAUAAUUUUGUAAAACUAUAGGCACUAUAUAAAUAUACAACCCUUUUUUUUUUAAAAACUAUAUAUAUUAAACCAAUAAAUAAAAUGAGCGAUUUAAAAAACUCUGAUGAUGAAGCUAUCAGCUUAAAAAUUUUAGUCGUUGGGAAAUUGGCAUGUGGUAAAACCAGUAUUAUACAAAGAUAUUGUCAUAAUCACUUUCAACCUAAAUACAAACCAACUAUCGGUGUAGAUUUUCAACAAAAGCUUUUAGAAAUUAUGGGUCAAAAAGUAUUACUUCAAUUGUGGGAUAUUGCAGGACAAGAAAGAUUUGGUCACAUGACAAGAGUUUAUUUUCAAAAUGCACAUGGUGCAGUUGUUGUAUUUGAUUCAACUAGAAGUGGAACAUUUUUAGGAGCAAAAGCAUGGAAGGAUGAUAUUGAUUAUUGUUUUAAUAAAGAAGAUUUACCAACAAUCCUUCUUGCAAAUAAAUGUGAUCUUUUAACACAACCAUACACAUUCCCAGAGGAUAUCGAUGCUUUUUGUCAAACAAAUAGAUUUCACAAAUACUUUUAUACUUCUGCAAAAGAGGAUACAGGUAUAAAUGAAGCUAUAGAAGAAUUAGUCAAGGUCAUUUUAGAAUCCUAUCAAACUCAAGAACAAACUACAGGUUUUAAACUAGAUGAACCCGCAACAACUGAGGCCGCACCAACUCAAUCUAAAACAUGUUGUUAAUUUAAAAAUAAAUAAUAAUAGUAAUAAUAAUAGUAAAUAAUAAUAAUAAUAAUAAUAAUAAUAUUUAAAGCAUAUUUAUUUCAUAUAUCUUUGUUAAUAAUACACAAAACAUUUUUUUAAACC